AUGGCCUUCUGUGCACCUUGCAAUCGUAGCUUCAACGCUUACCAUAGUUAUUUGCAACACUUGAAUAAUUCGCCCCAACAUCGCCACGACCCGAACACUCUGCCAUAUCGGCCACCAGCUGCCGGACUUCAUUGCGUCGCAUGUGGACGCGUCUUCUAUACCAGAGUCGAGUUUGUACGGCAUGUCUAUGGCUGUACAAGACAGAUCAUGGAUUACGAAUGUGCCUGUGGUCGACAGUUUGCCCGAGAAUCAUCAUUAGUGUCACAUUUCGAGAGGCUGACAUGUCCGUCAUGGGUCGACCUUCGGUUCGUCGACAAUUAUUUCAGCGGCCUUUGCGACCCCGAAGGACGAUUCGUUCAUAGGGAGAGGAUCAGCCAGGAUCCCCCGAUGCCCAACUUCAUCCGAGAUAGACGAGGUUCCUACUGGUGCAGGCUCUGUCACCUGCGCUUUCGAACUCCACAUGAACUGAUGUGUCAUGUGUGGAGUCCCCCUCACAAGAAUUGGGGUCUCCGGGCCUAUCAGUGCCCUUCGGACCGCUGCCAACGGAUGGAGUUCUUCUGCUUGAGUGACCUCAUGGCACAUCUCGAGACUGGCCAGUGUGAGGAGCAUCUCGGACGAGAACUGUCCACUAUGGUCAUUGGGCUAGUAGACGUUGUGGGAUACCUUUGAACCACAAAUCUCUUGCGCUUUUCCUUUUUCUUCCUCUUAACUUCAGUUUCCUCCUCGUUUAAAUCGGAUUGAAAUUUAUUGAA